GUGGGAUAUUUGAGUCCAUUGAAAGUGGUCCAUCUGGUGCUGAAGAACUGGCCUUUAAAUUUGCUUUAAACACAAUCAACAGAAACAGAACCCUACUGCCAAACACCACACUUACCUAUGAUAUCCAAAGGAUAAACAUCUAUGACAGUUUUGAAGCCUCCAGGAAAGCUUGUGACCAGCUUUCUCUUGGUGUGGCAGCCAUCUUUGGUCCCUCCCACAGUUCCUCUGCCAAUGCAGUUCAGUCCAUUUGCAACGCUUUGGGUGUUCCACACAUUCAGACCAAAUGGAAGCACCAGGUAUCAGACAACAGAGAUGUCUUCUAUGUGAGCCUAUAUCCGGACUUCUCCUCUCUCAGCCGUGCCAUCCUGGACCUAGUUCACUUCUUCAAGUGGAAGACUGUUACUGUGGUUUAUGAUGACAGUACUGGCCUGAUUCGGUUGCAGGAGCUUAUAAAAGCACCAUCUCGGUAUAAUAUCCGCCUAAAGAUCCGGCAGCUGCCUGCAGAGACCAAGGAUGCCAAGCCACUUUUAAAGGAGAUGAAAAGGGGGAAAGAGUUUCAUAUCAUCUUCGACUGCGGCCAUGAAAUGGCUGCUGGGAUCCUGAAGCAGCCAUGGGGAUGAUGACAGAGUAUUACCACUAUAUCUUCACCACAUUUGUUUGCACUGGACGUGGAGCCUUACCGCUUUAGUGGUGUGAACAUGACGGGCUUUAGGAUUCUCAACACUGAGAACAGCCAGGUAGCGUCCAUCAUUGAAAAGUGGUCCAUGGAGAGACUGCAGGCUCCACCAAAACCUGACUCUGGUCUACUGGACGGCUUCAUGACUACGGACGCCGCGUUGAUGUACGAUGCAGUGCAUGUGGUAGCCGUGGCUGUGCAGCAGUCUCAGCAGAUCACUGUCAGCUCAUUACAGUGCAACAGACACAAACCCUGGCGCUUUGGGAACCGCUUCAUGGCCCUCAUCAAAGAGGCUCAUUGGGAUGGUCUGACGGGGAGAAUUUCUUUCAACAGAACCAAUGGCCUAAGAACAGACUUCGACCUGGAUGUUAUCAGUCUGAAAGAGGAAGGGCUUGAGAAG